CAAACCUUCUUCGCAAUUUCGAAUUAAAUUCUCCGAAUGCCUUAUUCCUUUCGUUCCAGACAGAGAAAGGAGAAGUUCUAUUCUCUAAUGGCGGAAAACUUGACCCUGGUGCUGAACUUUUCGCACCCCCACUGAUUACUUGAUUUAUAGAAAACCCACUUGAAUCAGAGAGCUUACUUUUGUGUAUGUAGUUCAGCAGCAGCAGAUGGAUGAAGUGACCAAGGAUGAGAAUUAUGCAAUAUCAUUUCCUGAGGAUUAUGAGACAGUGUGUUGGGGUUGUGGAUUGCGGCUUCUUCUUCCAUCAUAUGCACCUGUUUUCAAGUGUGGGUGGUGUGGAGCCAUAACAAAUCAGAACCCACGGAAACAUGAUAAUCGAUGCUUUCGAUGGAGAAAGUUACGAGACCGGUGCUUUGUUUCAUUCCUUCUCCUAUUCAUGCUCUUUGUGAUAUGUGGUGGAGUAUGGGCAGUUUAUCCAGUUGUUUUUUCUAUCAGCUAUUUCUGUGGGGUUUCUCAUUCUAUCAUAACAGUGAUCUUGGCUAUAAGUACAGUUUCUAGCUUCUGCCUUGCAGCAUUUUUCUGUGCUGGCACUCCACCAAGCAUACUCUGGGGUAGCUAUCCAGUUGUGGGGAAAGCUGGCCUUGAGAAUUACACCUUUUGUCUGUAUUGUUCAAAGCCAAAAUCACCACGAGCCCAUCAUUGUCGUUCAUGUGGAAUGUGCAUACUGGACAUGGAUCAUCAUUGCCCAUUUAUUGGGAACUGUGUCGGUGCUGCAAAUCACCGGUAUUUCAUUGCUUUUCUGUUGUCAGCAGUGUUCAGUACGACGUAUGUAUCUAUCAUGACUGCAUAUGCAGGGUUUCAUGUUUGGCCCCCAAUGUCAUACAGGUCUGUUGGACAUUUGACAGUGUUUAGCAGAGAUAUGGCUUUGAGAAUGGUGAAGGAAAUUAUUGUUGCUUUCUUAGACUCUGCAGUACUUCUAUCCCCAAGAGGCAUUGUUCUUGUUUAUCUGUUUGUUGCAAGUCUUUCUGUGGGAAUCGGUUUAACUGUACUUCUGUGGCAGCAGCUUUUCUAUAUUUAUGAGGGUAAGACUUAUUUGAGCCAUUUAAGUUCAAGAGGAGAUGUUGAAAUUGGUGAGAAGGGUUGCCAGAAUCUAUACCGGUUCUUUGGUUGCCCCUAUUCUGCUACAAGAUACUUGAGAUGUUUUUUCAAUAUUAAGAAGAUAAACAAAAAGUUUCAGGGUACCCGCAUUCGGAGUGACUGAAGAAAUUUACUUUUGCUCCUCCCCCACUCCACCCCUCUCCAAAAGGAGGAAUCCCUACAAGAAAAACAAAAAAAAUGUUAGAUGCUUGUCAAAAUCAUGCUGUUGUAUUAACAUUUAUUUAUAGUUUGUAAUGUAUAUAUUCAUUGUUUUAGGAUGUGCUAUUAUGUCAUGACAGCAGUUUUUGGCU